AUGGUUGGCAAGAAGGGGGAGCCCAAAAAGGAUGCGGAGGCCAAGGGGAAGGGGGGCAAAGGGAAAGGGAAGGAUGGAAAGAAGGGCAAGACGGAGGCACCCAGCGAGUCGGAGGAGACCUCAGACGCGGAGCUGCUGAAGGCGGAGGAGAGCGAGGAGACGGAGGUGGUGGAGGAGGAGAAGGACGAGGAGGAGGCAGCUGCGGAGGAGCCCAAGAAGGGGAAGGGGAAGGAGAAGAAGGGGGUCCUCAAGGGGGUGAUGGUGAAGAAGCCAGGCCGCGGGAAGAAGGUGCAGCUGGAGCCGGAGGAGGAGGAGGGCGAGAGCGAUGCCGCGCCGGCCAAGAAGAACCUGAAGGGCACCUCCAAGCUGGUGAUGGGGCUGGCGGCUGACAACGCCAAGAAGAAGAAGGGGGCCAAGGGUGCAGAGGCCAAGGGCCAGUCCAAAGCAUCCAUGGAGCCUAGCCCGGCCAAGGAGGAGGCGGCGGCGGUGGCUCCGAAGGCCCGGGUGAAGCGGAGCCUCCGCAGCACCUCCAAGCUCUUCCUAGGCUUCAAGAAAAGCACAGCACGAAGAGGAGGAAGAAGAAGAAGAACAAGGCGGUGCUCAAGUCCACCUCCAACCUGA